AACUAUACAUUGAUUUUCCUCAGCAAAGGAUUAUCUUAGUGGGAAGUGCAGAUAAAUGAUAGUGAAGGUAAUCAAGAAAAUCAGAAAAAGGGCAAUCAUAUGCUCUCAUACAGAACUACUAGAGAAGGGUUGUACCCGUGGGUGACACAAAUGGCGUUAAUGGCGUUAUCUGGUAUCCAGGAGUCUCCUGUGCUUCCGCGCACAUGAUCUUUCAGGAGGUAUUUUUUGUAGGUCCAUGGGGUCCCGGGACCCCGUGGGACCCUUAGUGGGUCCGCCACUGCAAACACCCAAACCCGCCAAUACUCAGGUCAGCAAACAUACCGAACAGCCGCAGGAGGAUGGAUGUCUGUCGGGAGAUGACCUCCAGGUUUACAACAAGGGGAUGCCCGAGCGGCCACCCCGCAUUCCCCUACAUUUCAAUCGCAUACGCAAACACAAACAACGUCUCCCAGAAGAUGUUGAACGGCAACUUAGCCAGCUGUUGCCCCCGCCAAGAGAAUACUAUGCCGGAUUCAUUCGGCACCCUAUGAGGCACAGACCGGGGUACGUGCUAGUGCAUCUUGAUGCUCUGAUUGCUGGACUUCGGUUCCCUCUCCACUCAUUCAUAGUGGAGUUCUUACGCCGGGUUGCUGUACUGCCCGCUCAGUUCAUGCCCAGCACUUACCGUAUUCUGACGGGCUUCAUUAUCCGGUGCCACGAGUUGAGGAUCACCCCGAGCGUCGAUCUGUUCCUUUAUCAUUACUGCUAUCAGCCCUACUGGACGACCGGGUACUUGAAGCUGGUAGCCCGUUCUGACCGUCAGCUGUUCACAGAGAACGUUACCCCGCAGGCUGACUGGGAAGAGCGGUUUUUGUUCGUUCGGGUAGGUGAUUCUUUGCCAUUCCCGGACAGGUGGAACGCAUACCCUGUUCGGGAUUCCCUGCCCAGGGUGGAUGCCGUUCUACGCUCCCAGGCUGAGUCUUUGCGAAUGGGAGGGACCAGAAGUCUUCGCAGCUUUGUCACUGCCUCGAGCAUGUUAUCUGCUGGAAUUGGUGUGAUCUCUCCCAUACCCGUCCGGCGUUCUAUCUCUUCUGCUAAAGGGAAAGAGAAGAUGAUAGCCGAUCGUGAUUCGGCGGAGCAAACCCGCAAAAAGCGCAAGGGAAAUGAUGGCGAUCACCUGAUCCCGAUCGACCAUGUGGUUGACUUGACCGGGCCGGAGGUUGAGCCCCAAAGAUCAGUGCCUGCCAACAAACAAACUCCGAUUCUUACUGCCACACCGAUCGAUGAUCGGAUGUUUGUUGAGUUCUCAAAUAUGGGGCCCAGAUCAGAAGGGAGAUAUCUGUUCGGGUUGAUGCCAUCUUCUAUGUGGUGUCAUACUGCGAUCAAAGUUCCCCCGAGCUUCACUAACUUGACUCACUGGUCGGACCUUUUCGAAGCAGGUCACCAGGAAGCACUCAAGGCUGGCGUGUAUUAUCACAAAGCCUUUCUUGCUGCUGAGAAGGAGAUGAAAGCCCUGGCCAGUGAUCGGGAUGACGGCCAGGUCCUUCUUUCCGCCGCUCGGAAGUUAGCGACCGACCUCCAGGAGCAGGCCAAAGAGGGUGAGAAGGCAAAAGUUGCCUUGGCCGAGAUGCAGGAGACGUCCCGUCGUCGCGACCGGGAGCUCAAAGAACUCCGGGCCAAGGUGCGGGCUGCUGAAUCUGCUGGCAUUAAAUUUGAUAAGACUGUCGGAGAUCAUCUGCCCGAACCCUACACGGUCAAUACCUCUCAGAUUGCUCAGCAAUCGGUAGUGGAUUUCCAACGGGGCAAAGCGCUGAACCUCGCUCUGGAGAAUACGGCCCGGCAAUUCCUAGGUCCUCACCUUGGCCAAUUUUUGCGUGAGAGCUCAGAUCCCAUCAAGGCAGGGAUCGACCUCCUGGACAGCACGCCGGAAGGGAAAUCUUUCUUGGAUGUCUUGACCGAGAAAACCGUAAAGCAAAGUCAGGACCUGCUUCUGGAUAGGAAUCUUGAACUGAUCUUAGAGCGUUUCCCCAAGCCGUUCGAUCCUGAUGAACUAGGCUUUGAUGAUCUGUUCGGGAAUACGUACGAUCGUAUCAUGGAGAAAAGAUCCAGAGCAGCGCCUGACGAUGCAGUGCAGGCAGGGAGCUCUCAGUCUACGUCCUCCCCGAACGGCGAUCCUCCAGUAGUGUAGCCUUUCCUUAUCUGUCG